GCUCCGCCUUUCACUGCAUCAUUCCUCUCUAGCUCAGAGAACAUCUUCUGCCUUCUGUUAGGCGUUUCCCUGUCAGUUCCAGCUGUAGCGGUUCCAGAGGUUAGAUCUUUGGGGCGGCGCCCGGGACCUCAAAGGAACGACAGGUUCUGCGGCAAUUGGGGAGACAGGGAGGAGCCAAAUUACGGAAGCAAAACGAAACUGAAGCCCAAAUUAGGCUCCGCCUCGGGCCUCAGACUGCAGGCUUUUUCCAUAGACCAGCCGCGUUCGGGAAUCGGCAGCUUCUGAGGCCAUGGAAUCAAUUCAAAAUGUCAAGGAACCUGAGGCAUAUGAAAGGACAAUUGUGGUUUCUAAUGUUCCUGUUGGAAAUUUUAAUGAUGAAGCCAUGGCAGAUAUUCUGAAAUGGUAUUUCCAGAAUGCUAAUAACAAAGAUGGAGAAGUAGAAAAUGUAACAUAUCCAACAAGAAACAAAGGAGUUGCAUUUGUGACAUUCAAGGAAAUUAAAGGUGUUGAGAACAUCCUUAAAAAAGAGAAACACUUUCUAACAGAGGAUGGGCUAUUUCCAACUUGCCUCACUGUGUCUCAUUUUAGUGAAAAUGUUAUUCGUUGUGUUUCUGUUCACCUUGAUUUAUCCAUUUUUGGAAAUGAGGCUAUUCUAGAAAAUCUGGUGACAGAACUGGAGAAAAUCCCAUCCUUGAAAUUCUACCCUAUACAAAGCAAUGGAGAGGUCAUUGUUAAAGGGUCAUUUUUAGCAAUCAAGAAGCUGAGGGAAGUUCUGUUGUUAAAGGCCAGUUCUCUUCAUGGAAACAACCCCAACUGUGUCAGUCUGAGAAAAAGGAAGAAAAAGAAAAUCUCUCCAGAAUGGAGCACAUCCAUGUCAUCAAUCCUGCCCACAAUGUCAGAUACUACCAGAAAUGAACAGAUAAUUGUCCUUGAUACAGAUGUAUUUAAAUAUAUGAAGUAUGGUAACCCAAUGUAUGAAAAGGCUUUGAAAGAUUUUAACAUUGUGAGUCAAGAGAUAGUUGAUGAUGAAGUCACUACCAUAUGUUUAAGAGGUCCUCAGACCGAUUCUCAUUCUGAUCACUUGAAAAAAGUAAAGGAAUUAAUUGAGGCAUUUUCAUACACUCUUUCCCUUGAGCUUCGAAAAGAGACCUUAUCUUUAGAUGGAAAGGAUAUGAAUGAGGUGAAGCAGAUUUUGUUGGCAUGCCAAUUGUUGAAGCCGCAGUAUCCCCAGAUUCUGGUUAAAUGUAAUUCUAAGCGUAUUGAGAUCAUUGGGAAUUCUACUGAUACCUAUCAGUUCAAAAAACUUGUCAUGGAGUUUGCAGGGAAAAAUGGCAACUUUAGAAAGUACAAUGACAACUAGCUAAAAUGUCCAAGCACUCUCACAUCUUUCUCCAUAAGCAGUAAUUUAUUAGGAGAAGAUAGAUUUAAAUCUAUCCUUUAGAAUAUCUAGAUGGUUAUUAUUAUGCUUGUCAAUAUCAUAAACGUAGAAAAAUAUGGAUUUCUUCCAAAUAGAUGUCAACACAAAUCAUGCUAGAUAGAUACUUAAAGAUAUUUAAAAAUCAGAUCAUCAUUAAUUAACAAGUAUCCACUGUGGUAAGACUACUUAAUAUUUGAAUGUUAUUUGUAAUUUUGGGCAUGCUAUUCUUUUUUAGUUUUCUCCCCAAGGACUCUGUUUUUUGAAAAAUGGAUCUCUAUUGAAAUCCUUUUUUUUUUUAUUGUUUACAUUUCUCCCUUUAUUCCUUCCCUUGCCCUCUACCAGUGAGCUAUCCUUAUGACAAAAAAAAAAAAGUAAGAGGAUGAGAAAAAAAAUCAGCAAAACUAGUUAACAGAUUGGAAAAUAUAUAAUAUUGAAUGCAAUAUUUCAAACACAUAAUACCCCACUACCUCAUCCCUUCUCUCUAAAGGAAGGGCUGGUGAGGUAUCUUCUCCUAUUUCUUCUUUGGUGACAAGUUUCAUCAUUGAAAACAUUCAGUUUUGAUUGUUUGGUGGUUGUUCUCUCUCUUUACAGUGUGUAGUCUUUGUGUUUGUUGUUUUUCUGGCCCUGUUUAAUUCACUUUGCAUCAAUUCCUUAAGUUCAAAAUUUGAGAUAGUGCACUAGUGUUCCAUUUUAUAUGUUCCAAACUGGUUGAUCCAUUUCACAGAUGGUGAACAUUGUUUCCAGUUCUUUGUUGCAAUAAAAAAGUGCUGAUGAUA